CAAUCAGCUGACAAAAUGUCACUGCAAGUAGUGUCGACCCUCAGCAAUUCAUCCCUGCUUCAGCCAGGCUUCUCUCUGUUGAAUUUUGGUGGGCAUGUUUUCUUUUUCGGGCAGAAAGGAUGGCCAAAGAGAUCCUGUCCAACUGGUGUUUUUGUUCUUGAUAUAAAGCAGAAUGAGCUCAGGAUGAAACCUGCAUUCUUCUCAAAAGACUCCUGUUACCUUCCCCCUCUCCGCUACCCUGCUCUUUGCAUGCUCAGAGGCGAUGCGGAGUCUGAUGAGAACCAGUAUAUCAUCCACGGUGGGAAAACACCCAACAAUGAGCUAUCUGAUAAAAUUUACAUGAUAAGUCUGGUAAGCAAAAGCAGCAAGAAAGCCACAUUCCAGUGCAUUGAAAAAGACCUGGGUGGAGAUGUCCCCGAAGCUAGAUAUGGACAUACAAUUAAUGUCGUUCACAGCCGGGGAAAACGCGUGAGCGUUAUAUUUGGAGGGAGAUCAUAUAUUCCUCUUGCACAAAGAACCACUGAAAAAUGGAACAGUGUAGUUGACUGUUUGCCAUCUGUGUUUCUCGUUGACUUUGAGUUCGGAUGCUGUACGUCAUACGUACUUCCCGAGCUUCAAGAUGGACUUGCUUUCCAUGUUUCAGUUGCCAGAGAUGAUACAAUCUACAUUUUGGGAGGCCAUUCGCUUCAAAACAACACCAGGCCCCCCACCUUGUACAAGCUAAAAGUUGAUCUCCCCCUGGGCAGCCCUGCCGUGACCUGUACUAUCCUGCCAGGGGGAAUAUCUGUGUCAAGUGCUAUAGUGACUCAAACCAGUGAUACCGAAUUUGUCCUUGUUGGGGGCUACCAACCUGACAGCCAGAAACGGUUGGUUUGUAACACCCUAGUUCUGAAGGAUGGUAAGAUAGAGAUCACUGACGGGCCAAGCCCAGACUGGACACCAGAUAUUAAACACUGCAGGAUGUGGUUUGGCUGUGAUAUGGGCAAAGGAUCCGUGUUGCUGGGCAUUCCAGGGGCCAACAAACAGUUAAUCUCAGACGCAAACUACUUCUACAUUCUGAGAUGCAAAGGAGCAACAGAAGACGAGGAGGAAGAACUGACAACACAAAUGGGCAGUCAGACGUCAUCCGAAGACCCUGGAGAUUCCACUCCAUUUGAAGAUUCAGAAGAGUUUUGUUUUAGUGUUGAAGCCAAUAGCUUUGAUGUUGAUGACGUUGACACUUAUAAUGAAGAUGAUGAAGAAGAUGAAUCAGAAACGGGCUACUGGAUCACCUGUUCUGCCACUUGCAAUGUUGACAUUAACACCUGGGUCCCUUUCUAUUCAACAGAGCUCAACAAGCCUGCAAUGAUCCUGUGCUCCGGUGGGGCGGGCCACUGGGUCCAUGCACAAUGCAUGGACCUCUCAGAGCCCAUGCUCCUGUAUCUCUCACAAGCUAACAUCAAGUAUUUCUGCAACGAGCAUGUCGACCUUAAUAGAGGGCUACAAACUCCCAAAAAGGUGGCCCAUCCAAAGAAGCAGCCCAUGAAACUACUGGGCAAAAAGGCGUCCAGGAAGUUAACCACACCAGCAAGGAAGUCCUUCCUUCGGAGACUGUUCCAAUAG